UCCUCUAACCCUGCGUGGUGUACGACUGUGGAACCCAGAAUUCUGGAAUAAAGAAAUCCUCAUGUUAUUGCAUCAUUUCUCGGGAAACCAAACUGAGAAGAUGAAUUCUAGGAGUCGCAGCCCUGAAGAUGAAUCUUCAGUGUAGGAUGCUGGGAGACAUCGGUUAGCAGUCAGAUGUCCGUAGGCGUGCCACAGCUGGGAGUGAACCAGAUAUGACUGGCCCUGGCCUGGAAGUGACUUCACAGCAACAGAGUCCUGCCUGUGGUUGACUGAGCACAGCACAAGUAGAAAGGGAGGAGUUGACACAUGCAGCCUCCCUGGAAGAAGAGUGAAGGAGCAGCGGGUCGUAGGACCGCUGACCUGCUUCGGAAGCCUGGGAGGAAGACAGUGGAAGAGCCAAGUGCCCAGCUAUCAAUCCAGACACACCGUGAAAGCCAGAAGCUCUCCGGGACACCGCUCGAGGACCCUGGGAUGGUCUGCAGAGGUAGAGCAGUCUGCUGAAAAUAAGACCCAGGAUCUAAUUGUAAGGAGUCCCAGACAAAACCUCAGAACACUAGAAAAUAAAACCUCCAUGGUUGACCCCAAAUGAUCUUGCAGAGGGAAGUUUGUUCUGUCUGUACACCAGCCCCUGACUAUUGCCACCACGGAAAGCCUGGAACCACCUUUGCGCACCAGUCAAGGGCUAGCAACUGUCAUCUAGCCAAGGAGAUGUUUGGAAGUUACCAGGAUACAGGAAAGUUUUAGGGUCACCUCCAGAGUGCUUGGGGACCAGGAAUGUGUCAGUCCAAGCUUCUGAGUCCCCAGCACUGGGAACAGUACCCCUGGCUCUUGCCACGUGGUCCAGCUUCCUCAAAACAGCCAGCCCACUGCUUCCCCUACCCCCUUUGCUUUUGCAAAGACCUGGAUGGUCAUGCAAGACAAGCGGUAGGUAGCCUCUGUGAGCUCAGAAGACAGCCCAGGAGACAGCGAGAAGGAAGGCUCCUCCUCACCGGGUGACUUGAGCCCAGCUGCUGGCUCUGCAGGCAGUCGGGAGUAGGAGCCGCAGCCGGGACCGAAGAGGUUAACGAGCAUCUGCCUCCGAAUGUUAAUGUGUCUAGGUGAUGUCAGUGGGAGCCGGGAAGGAGGGAGUGGGGCGAGCAUUGGGCUCAGAGGCAGCAGAGGCUGCCAGGCGGUAGAGGAAGACCCUUUUCUGGACUGCGGGGCUCACGUUCAGGACAAGGCGGUGGCGGGCGCUGGAGGCUGCCGCAGCCUGCGUGGGUGGACAGGCACUCAACUCCAGGGAGCAGGCGACCUGCACCGGCUGCAUGGAUCUGCAAGCCUCGUUGCUGUCCACUGGCCCCAAUGCCAGCAACAUCUCCGAUGACCAGGAUAAUCUCACAUUGGCGGGGUCACCUCCUCGCACAGGGAGUGUCUCCUACAUCAACAUCAUUAUGCCUUCAGUGUUUGGUACCAUCUGUCUCCUGGGCAUUGUGGGAAACUCCACAGUCAUCUUUGCGGUGGUGAAGAAAUCCAAGCUACACUGGUGCAGCAACGUCCCUGACAUCUUCAUCAUCAACCUCUCUGUGGUGGAUCUGCUCUUCCUGCUGGGCAUGCCUUUCAUGAUCCACCAGCUCAUGGGUAAUGGUGUCUGGCACUUUGGGGAAACCAUGUGCACCCUCAUCACAGCCAUGGAUGCCAACAGUCAGUUCACCAGCACCUACAUCCUGACUGCUAUGGCUAUUGACCGCUACUUGGCCACCGUCCACCCUAUCUCCUCCACCAAGUUUCGGAAGCCCUCCAUGGCCACCCUGGUGAUCUGCCUCCUGUGGGCGCUCUCUUUCAUUAGCAUCACCCCUGUGUGGCUCUAUGCCAGGCUCAUCCCCUUCCCAGGGGGCGCUGUGGGCUGUGGCAUCCGCCUGCCAAACCCAGACACUGACCUCUACUGGUUCACUCUGUAUCAGUUUUUCCUGGCUUUUGCCCUUCCGUUUGUGGUCAUCACCGCUGCCUACGUGAAAAUACUACAGCGCAUGACGUCAUCGGUGGCCCCGGCCUCUCAACGCAGCAUCCGGCUUCGGACAAAGAGGGUGACCCGCACAGCCAUUGCCAUCUGUCUGGUCUUCUUUGUGUGUUGGGCGCCCUACUAUGUGCUGCAGCUGACUCAGUUGUCCAUCAGCCGCCCGACCCUCACAUUUGUCUACCUGUACAACGCGGCCAUCAGCCUGGGCUAUGCCAACAGCUGCCUCAAUCCCUUUGUGUACAUAGUACUCUGUGAGACCUUUCGAAAACGCUUGGUGUUGUCAGUGAAGCCUGCGGCCCAGGGGCAGCUUCGCACGGUCAGCAAUGCUCAGACAGCUGACGAGGAGAGGACAGAAAGCAAAGGCACCUGACAAUUCCCUGGUCACCUCCAAGUCAGGUCACCGCAUCAAACCGUGGGGAGAGAUACUGAGAUAAACCGGAAGCUAUCCUGGGAGGAUGCAGAAGCUGGAGGCUGGGGACUUGUAGCAACCACAUUCCAUGGGGCCCACAAAUUGCUAGGGAGGCUUGCAGUCAGGUUUGGGGGGAAGCUUCAGAUUUCAGGAAUCCUCUUGGCAGAAUAGAAGCUGAACAUAGAAGGAAACGGUGGUUUGACUGGUUCGCGGGGUCCGUAUCUUUCUCUCAAGGGAAGAGGGUGAAGGCGCCUAGCUGGGUUCCUUUAAAACUAGGCAGGGCUAGGAACUGAACAGCUAGGGCUAUACUGUGAGCCUGGACAAGGCCAGCACUCCCUCCCAUCUCUCACCGGGGUGACAGAAGGCAGUCUCUCCCAAGCUGGUGGACCUUCUGAAUCGUACUGUCUGGGCUCCAUCAUCCUGUGCGGAUUUCACUUUCUCUUUAGGGGAUGCAUGUUUACAUUGGGGUGGGGCUCUGAGCCCACAGGAGUUAAAAAAAAAAAAACAAAAGAGAGCCCAGUGGA